UUUGCUCCAUAGCUUAGGGCAACUAAAAGUAAAGAGAAAAUAAGAAUCUGGAAAGUUGCCUGCAGGUGGAGAUGGAGAUGAAUAGGGUUUUGUGCAUGGCUGUUCUUGGGGCUUUGGCCAUGGCUACUAUGCUGCAACCUGGAACUGCCCAAACGGCGCAUGUUGUUGGGGAUAACAUUGGUUGGGCUGUUCCUUCAAAUGGUGCUGCCGCAUACUCAAACUGGGCUUCUGGCAAGACAUUCAACGUUGGAGACAUCUUAGUGUUUAAUUUUGCGACAAACCAACACGACGUGCUCCGAGUACCGAAAGCAUCGUUCGAUGGAUGCACCUCUGCCAACGCCAUCGGCAAUGCCAUCAUGAACGGACCGGCGAACGUGACGCUUGACUCCGCCGGGGAGCACUACUACAUUUGCACCUUCGGCACGCAUUGCCAGGCAGGCCAGAAGCUAGCCAUAACUGUCACCGGCAACGGCGCUCCGGCGCCUAAUCGUCCUCCUACUGCGCCUACGCCAUCCACCCCUACUACGCCUUCUCCGACUUCAUCUGCUCCGUGCCCGCCCACCGCCGACGCUCCUUCACCCACCCAUUCGACCUCUCCGGGGGUGGCCAGGAGCACUCCGUCUUCGCCGGAUUCUUCCUCGCCAGCGGUGGUUGCUGGUUUCUUGUUCACCUUGGCCUCCGUUGCCCUUGCCUUGUUUGUGUAAUGGGGUAUCUGCUGACUGGUGUGGGAUUAUAUUCUUUUUACAGUGUGUGAUGAGGUUAGAGUUUAGUAUGUAGUUGUUGAAUUAAUAAACCUCAUUUUUUGUAUUAAGAGAGAGAAUUUCAUUCUGUUGUUUGUAACACUAUUUGGUUUCUUCUAUAGGCAUUUGAUUAAUAAUAAUAAUAAUAUCAUGAUUAUCCAUAUUUAA